AUGGUCACACACAUCUUAAACAAUAUAAGGCCUGUUACAUUAAUGUAUAUAAAAGUGGUAAAAGAAAUAGUAAGGAGCAUAGAAAUGGAGGUGCUGGAGAAGAUGAUCUCUGAAGAUGAAGAUGUUUUGCUCCCUGGUUUUCGAUUCCAUCCUACUGACGAAGAACUUGUGGGGUUUUAUCUUAGAAGGAAAGUGGAGAAGAAACUCUUUAGUAUUGACAUAAUCAAACAUGUUGAUAUCUACAAACAUGAUCCUUGGGAUCUUCCAAAAGUUAGCAAACUGAGCAGUGGUACAGAGAAGGAAUGGUACUUCUUUUGUAGAAGGGGAAGAAAAUACAGGAACAGCAUAAGGCCAAACAGGGUAACAGGGUCGGGAUUCUGGAAAGCUACUGGGAUCGACAAGCCUAUAUAUUCGGUAGGUGGAUUUCACGAUUGCAUAGGUCUGAAGAAAUCCUUGGUUUAUUACAAGGGGAGUGCAGGGAAAGGCACUAAAACUGAUUGGAUGAUGCAUGAAUUUCGCCUCCCACCACCCACCACAACUACUCUCUCAAGCACCAACAAGGACAACUUGCCAGAAGCUGAAGUUUGGACACUUUGCAGAAUCUUUAAACGGGAUGUUUCAAGUAGAAAGUUUGCAUCAGAUUGGCAAAAUAAGAAGAAUAAACAAAAUACUAAUACUAGUGCCACCAGCUCUAGAGCAUGCAGUGUAGAAUCAGAAAAUAGUUUGAAGGUAGAGAAUUUUGGAGUUUUAGAUGAUAAGGGGAUCGAAAGGAAGCUUCAGAAUGAUCAUUUCCUUGGAGGGAACCAGUUGUUUGCAGCAACAACUCAAGUGCUUCCAUCAUAUUUAAGCUUUUCUAACCCAAAUGCAGCUGAUGAAUACUUCGGACAAGAACACUGGGAUGAACUUAGGCCUGAAGUUGAUUAUACCAUAGCUAAAUCACUGCUAUAUAGUGAUUGGUAGAUGUUUAAGGGAUAUACAUAUAUAUAUACACAACUCGAAAUAACCAUGAAUCUCUUUGAAGAAUAUAUACCGAUCCAUUUUAAGUUGGAUGCUCUUGUUUGAUUUUUUGGUGUGGUAAAACUAGAUGAAGACUACAAUCACAAAAAAUAGAGAGACGUGGUUUUUUUCUUCUUUUUUUUUACUUGUAGUUCAUGGGAAUCAUAGCAGGUUAAUGUGUUUAGGAUGAAAAACAUUUUAGAGAAUACAAGCUAAUUUAUACUUGGUAUAAUAGUGAGUUAAAAAGAACAUGGCCAUGUCUGUUCUUGGUUUUAAAUUGUAGCAUGGUAUAAGGCCAGAAAUAUACUAUUCCAAGUUACUUUCCAUGGCCGACCAUCUAAUAUACUAGCUCACGCUUUGAUGUUCUUUUCCUUUUUCUUUUGUUGUAGUUUUUUGACAAACUUACCACUCACUUUCGAUAUGAAAUUACUACUAUUCUUCUUUGUUGAAA